AGGGCAUCCGCCCGCCAGCUGUUUCCAAUACUCAGCAGCAGCGGAAAAGCGAGACGUCUCUGAAAAUCUUGUAGCUGCCAUUGCAACGUGAAGUCAUAUUGCAUCUUUAUAUAAUUCGAGUGUGAGAAAGUUGUCAAAGGAACAUGGAUUACGAUCCGGACUAUCAGAAGAUCUGCUCGACACGGACCGUGCAGUCCGAUAAGAAGGGCUUCUUCAACGAAUUCUAUCUGAAUGUGAAAGAUGCAUGUGGCGACAAGUGGCUGCAAAACUAUUUCGGGAAGCUCAAAUCGAAUGCGGCACGCAUUUUGUCUAUAUUCAGUGAUCGAGAGAUCUGUGAUCCGGUGCUGGGCGUCUUGGAGCAUGUGCAGCCAGUUUUCAAGCAGAAAGACGUACUCCUCUCCUCUCAGCGCCGCGCACAGGCAGAUAAGUUUUAUUUGAUGAGCAGUAAUGCGGAGGUUGAGGCGGAUCGCAAGGAGCUGCUCCAGCAGGCGCUGAUGCAUGCCAAUCUGGCUGUAAUGCGAGCACCUGCUCCUAAUUUGGACACGAGCGUUGAUCAUGGCCUGACUCUGGCCAUGGCCUAUUUGACGCGUGCGAACAUUCUAAUCAGCCAGGGCGAGGGCGAGGCUGCUCUGAGUGACCUCAAGCUGGCUGCCAAUUUCGGAGUAGAGUCCAGACAGAACGUGGACUACUACUGCAAAAUGGCGAAGGCUUAUGCAGCUAUGGCUGAGAGCUCACGCGCUGAAAUCUCUUUGAAGAUCGCAGAGAAGCUGGCAGGAGCCAAUACUGGCAUUAUAACUAUAACUCGAAAGGAGAUUGCUCUGAUCAAGCCUGCCAAGCGAGAGCGGCUAACGGAGGUGGUUCCUGCAUUGACGCAUGGCGAGAAUCCGGAGCUCAGCGGUGCAGCCAAAGUGGUUAAGCUGGUGGAGACAAAGGACAAAGGCCGAUUUGUAGUGGCCGAUCAGGGCUUGAAGACUGGAGACGUGGUGCUCGCUGAGGAUCCUGUGGCUGCGUGUCUCCUGCCCAACUUCUUCGGCACCAAUUGUCAUCAUUGCUUCAAGCGCCUGCAUACGCCUGUGCCCUGUUUGCGCUGCUCGGGCAUUGCCUUCUGCAGCGCUCAAUGCAUGGGCGAGGCCUGCGAGACUUAUCAUCGCUUCGAGUGCCAAUUUAUGGACUUGUUCAUUGGCUCCGGUAUGUCCAUACUCUGCUUUAUAGCAUUGAGAAUCUUUACACAAGCCCCUAGCUUGGAUGAUGGCCUGGCAACGGCAAAUCUAUUAUUUGAGCACCUGUGCUCCCAUCAGGACGUCCGUGAAGCGGAUGACCACCUACAGCGUUCACUCAUGGCGGGAUUUCUGAUGCGCGUUUUGCAGAAGGCUCAGUACUUUGGGCGGCGCAAGACCGAAGGCGUUAAUCCCACUGCUGUGGAGCUGCAGGUGGCCACCGCUCUGCUGGGAUUGCUGCAGCUCCUGCAGUAUAAUGCCCACGAGAUCUAUCAUACCAUGGUGACCGAUGAGCACUGUUUCGAGGGUUGCAAGGUCGUCUAUGUGGGUGCGGGAUUAUAUGGCACUGGCUCCUACUUCAACCACGAAUGCUGGCCUAGUGUGGCGGGCUAUUUCGUGGGCAAGAAAUUGGUCAUGUCCGCCACCAAGCCACAUCGGCCUAACGAAAUAGUCGCCGUAAAUUAUGGACCCAUAUUCACCAAGAUGAAUUUGAAAGAACGCCAGAGAUCGUUGCGUGGACGAUACGCAUUUAAUUGCAAUUGUAUGACCUGCCAGGAAAAUUGGCCUCUGCUGCAGAAGAUCGAUAAACAAGUCAGAUUUUGGUGCACAUCGGCAAAUUGUGUGAACUUGCUCAAGUUUCCCAAGGAUCUGGCUAAGGACGUUCGCUGUCCUCGCUGCCGCAAAAAUGUUUCGCUGAAGGAAAGCGUCGCCAAGCUUAUAAAAAUAGAGGAACUUUACCGGGAGGCUGCCGAAGCCAUGCAGGCUCAGAAGACCAAUGAAGCGAUAGAGCUUUUUAAGGAGGGAAUCGAUGCAUUCUUUCAAAUAGCGGCACUCCCACACAAGGAUACUUUGAUUGCACAGCAGGCUCUGCUUAAGUGCAAUGCCAACACGGGUACUACGUUCAAAAAAUAAUACGUUAAAAUUAUAAUUUUUCUAUUUUUGUGUUGCAAAUCUGCCCUAAAUGGCAAUAAGUAAGUUUUAUAUGAAAGAUUAUAGAUAAAUUUAUUAUUUUC